GGAGGCGUGCAGCAUCAGCGGCACUAUAGGAGCACAAACCGUUGCUUUCGGCUAUUUUUGACCUUCCUUAUGUUUAAUACAUCCUCUGGAGCGUUUGAACAUGGCGUCCUGGAUGAUUUUGACUGACUGAUAAAUGGGAGAUAUGUCGUUUCUCCUGGAAUAAAUCGGUAGAACAAGGCAUCACCGGAAGAAGGCUGAAGCACCAGUUUAAUCGAUCGAUUUGGAGGAGCGGCUGGGAUGCCUUCCUGCUCUCCAUCACAGGAAUAACUGUAAAAACGGGACAAAACGAUGAGGUGAUUGAACGCGUUUAAAGCGGUCUGUUUCCGGGAUGAGGCAGGAGCGGCUCCCCGCCGCCGGCAGGAGGCCGAGAGCGGGCGUGAAGCAGCGGCAGCAAAGCUCGGGAGGGGUCGGUAACAUCAUCAGCAACGUCCUGAAGAAACGCAACGGGAUAUCCAGGAGUGCACCCCGGCUGCUGUGCACCUUAGAGCCAGGAGUUGACACAAGGCUGAAGUUUACCAUUGAACCCUCGCUGGGAAAGAAUGGAUUCCAGCAGUGGUACGAUGCCCUCAAAGCUGUGGCAAGGCUUCCUACUGGGAUACCAAAGGAAUGGAGGAAGAGGGUUUGGCUAACUUUAGCAGACCAGUACCUCCACAGUAUCUCUAUUGACUGGGACAAGACUCUUCGUUUUGCCUUUAACGAGCGCAGCAACCCAGAUGAUGACUCCCUUGGCAUCCAAAUCGUUAAGGAUCUGCACAGGACAGGCUGCAGCUCUUACUGUGGCCAAGAGGGGGAGCAGGACAGGGUAGUGCUGAAGAGGGUGCUGCUGGCAUACGCCCGCUGGAAUAAAACUGUAGGUUACUGCCAAGGAUUCAACGUACUGGCUGCACUUAUACUGGAGGUCACAGAAGGCAGUGAGAGUGAUGCACUGAAGGUGAUGAUCUAUCUCAUUGAUAAAGUGCUGCCUGACAGUUAUUUUGCCAACAACUUGCGAGCAUUGUCAGUGGACAUGGCGGUGUUUAGAGACCUGCUGCGCCUUAAGCUCCCGAGGCUUUCCCAGCAUCUCCACCACCUUCAGAAAGCAGCCAACCGAGAGGCCGGAGGCAGCUACGAGCCUCCGCUGACCAACGUCUUCACUAUGCAGUGGUUUCUGACCAUGUUUGCUACCUGCCUGCCGGCGCCCACCGUGCUGAAGAUCUGGGACUCUGUUUUCUUUGAAGGGUCAGAGGUGCUGUUUCGGGUUGGUCUCGCCAUCUGGGAGAGACUGGGAGAGAGGAUAGAGUACUGUCAGACAGCAGAUGAGUUUUACAGCACCAUGGGCUGUCUCACUCAGGAGAUGUUGGAGCACAACCUCAUCGAUCCCGCCGAGCUCAUGCAGGAGGUUUACUCCAUGGCGGUGUUUCCCUUCCCCCAGCUGGCCGAGCUAAGGGAGAAAUACACCUACAACAUCACUCCAUUCCCUACCUCAGUGAAAUCCAAUGGAAGUGGCGGUCUUGGCAGCUGGGAGAGUGAUGAUGACGCCGACAUGGAUGAUGAAGAUUCUGUGGUGACUGCGCUUGGCUGUCUGGGACCCCUGGGUGGCCUACUGGCCCCCGAGCUGCAGAGAUACCAGAAGCAUCUCAAAGACCAUCGGGGCGAGCAGGGAAACAUCGCAGAGCUGAGCCCCGGAGCGGUGGGAGCUGGAGGAAGUGGCAGCGGAGGAGGAGGAGGAGGAGGAGCGAGGGCAGAGCAUCAAGCGGCCAUUAACGGCAUGAUGAUGGAGAGAAUGAGCACCGACAUCUAUGCCCUGAAGAAGCAAUACGCACGCAUCAAACGGCGGCAGCAGCAACAGGCUAUGCAACUUUACAUUCGCACAGGACCUGGACCUGUAGUGCCCACAAGUCCAGGGGUUCUUCAGGGGGGUUCCAACAAGCACAGCGGCAGUACUACUGACCAGCACACUGACGACAAGUGUCCUGCCACCCGUGUCCUGGCCUCACAGCUCAACCCUUCCAGUUCAGUGAUAAACCAUCUCCUCCUGGGCCGAAAACCAUGUGGAGGUCCUCGAGGCUACAGACCCACUUCUGCUACAAUGACCACUCUACCAGGGGCCCGACCUAUUCCUCUGUCCCAGAGUCAGGGUUCCCCAGCCAGGCAGCGCUGUGGCUCGCUGGCCUCAAAUAGCACUGGCUCUCCAGGAAGCUCCAGAGGAGGUGCAGGAUCACCAUGGCGCGCUCACGUUCGGCAGCAUCGGAGGAAUAUAGCCAGGGCUCGAGCUCAGCUGGGAUUUGGAGAUUCAGAGGACCGGGAAGAUGAAGAUGAAGAGGAAAAAAGAGAAUCAGCAAAGUUGGAGGAUGAGGAGGAGAAACAGAGUGUGGAAAAUAAGCAAGAUGAUGAGCAGAAAGAGGCAAGCCAUUCUUCUGUACCUCCAUCUCCUGACUCCUCUGGUAUGGGGUCAGCAUGUGAGGAGGCUUUACAGGGUUCAGAUGAGACUGAAGGAGUAGAAGUUGCAGAGGUGGUGGUUCAGCUGGGCUCCCUGGAUCUAGAGUGUGAAUCAAACCCAAGUUUUCCCAAUGGCCAAAACCCAGACAAAGCACCCGAAUUACCAGAGUCUAAACCUGCACCCCAAGUCCCUCGACUCCCUCCACCACCCUCCUCAAGCAGGCAAAAAGAGUCUGACUCAUCAGGCUCAGGAAGAGAUGCUGGCUCUCUCAGACACUUUCCUCCUAUUACUCCACUUUCCUUCUCCAACUCCUGCAUCCCUUCUUCCUCACUUUCCACUCCAAGCACACCCCACUCUCCAACAGCUCCUCCUCUUCAUCAAUCUUCCUCAUCCUCUCCAACACUAACAUCCACACCAAACCCCAACUCCACAUCCUGCUUACCACCCUCUUCAUCAGCUAAUAGCUUAUCUGCUCUCUCUCCCCCUGGCUCCUCCAGCUUUUACAAAACUUCCUCCCCCUCCACCCCGUCACUGUCCUCUAUCUCCUCGUCUUCUAAACCCCAAAUCUCCUCUUCACCGUCAACCCCGGGGUUGUCCUCCAUCCCAAAACAGCAAAUCUUCUCCCCGUUCCCAUGCGUGAAGCAGCCCAGGAAGUCUGUCGCAGCCAGAAACCUCGGCCUCUACGGUCCCACAUCCAGAACUCCCACCGUCCACUUCCCUCAGCUCAGCCGAAACCUCAACCGUAGUUGUGCUGCUGGGACGACGGGCAGGCGAUGAAACGUCCCGAACUACACCAUGUUGCCUCCUGCAUAUUAGGAACACACCUAAAUAUCACAUUUGAAAUCCAUUAAGAGGUCUAGAAGAGUGAAGCUCAGCUGUAAUUUAAGAAGAAACUGCCCGUUAAUUGUUUGUUUUUUGGGUUUCAACUGCAUUAGUACAUUUGAGGAGUUUGGAACAGUAUCUAGCCCCUCACAGUGGCCUAUGCAGGUCGUUCUUGACCAUAAUGGGUUUAAAAAAAAAAAAAAAAAAAAAAAAGAGGAAAAAAAA